AGUUGUAGGUUAGAUAUUUACAUUGUAUAAUGACAAGCGGUCAAUUUAUUUAAACAAAAACAUUAACAUAUUGGACUGUUGUGUUCUAGAACAGUUAUGGCAAAAUAUAUAGCGCAAAUAAUAGUGUUGGGAGGCCAGGCCAUUGGAAGAGCUUUUGCGAAGGCACUUAAACAAGAAAUAGCUGCUUCACAAGAGGCAGCUAAGCGAGCUGGAGGCGGACGACAAGGAGAUCAAAGUGCCGAAGCUAACUUGCGUUCAGGUAUGACACUUGAAGAAGCCAAGCAAGUACUGAACGUAGAUGAUAUAAAGAAUGUUGACAAUAUAAUUAAGAGCUAUGAUCACCUAUUUAAUGUAAAUGAGCGUGCCAAGGGUGGGUCGUUUUAUCUCCAAUCUAAAGUGUUCCGUGCCAAGGAGCGAUUGGAUCACGAAUUGAAAGCGCAAGAAGAACACAAUUCAAAAAAAGCAGAGCAUGCUGAGGAGACAAUCCAAAGCAGAGCACGACAGCGGCGUUAAAUUGCUAAAGUAAUUUUACCUUUAGCAAAACCACCUCUAGUUGUUAUUGAUUAAAAUAAAUGUUAAGCUAAAUAACACAAU